UGACACGGGCACCGCGGCAAAUGUUCCUGGUCCAACCAGGACUGAGCUCGGUGCUGGCGCUGUUGACGGUGCUGUGCAAGGAGAAGAAGGAGAAGAUGAGGCUGGUUCUCAGCCAAUGGAACCAUAUGUUGGCAUGAGGUUUGACACCCUUCAAAUUGCUAAGGAUCACUACAACAGCUACGCCUUACGGAUGGGUUUCUCUGUCAAAAUGAACACCUCUAGGCGGACAGGCAAUGUAUUGGUAAAACAGCAGUUUUGAUGCAACAAGUAUAAGAAGCCAAAAGCUGAGGUUGGUUCUCAGCCAAUGGAACCCUAUGUUGGCAUGAGGUUUGACACCCUUCAAAUUGCUAAGGAUCACUACAACAGCUACGCCUUACGGAUGGGUUUCUCUGUCAAAAUGAACACCUCUAGGCGGACAGGCAAUGUAUUGGUAAAACAGCAGUUUUGAUGCAACAAGUAUAAGAAGCCAAAAGCUGAGGUUGGUUCUCAGCCAAUGGAACCCUAUGUUGGCAUGAGGUUUGACACCCUUCAAAUUGCUAAGGAUCACUACAACAGCUACGCCUUACGGAUGGGUUUCUCUGUCAAAAUGAACACCUCUAGGCGGACAGGCAAUGUAUUGGUAAAACAGCAGUUUUGAUGCAACAAGUAUAAGAAGCCAAAAGCUGAGGUUGGUUCUCAGCCAAUGGAACCCUAUGUUGGCAUGAGGUUUGACACCCUUCAAAUUGCUAAGGAUCACUACAACAGCUACGCCUUACGGAUGGGUUUCUCUGUCAAAAUGAACACCUCUAGGCGGACAGGCAAUGUAUUGGUAAAACAGCAGUUUUGAUGCAACAAGUAUAAGAAGCCAAAAGCUGAGGUUGGUUCUCAGCCAAUGGAACCCUAUGUUGGCAUGAGGUUUGACACCCUUCAAAUUGCUAAGGAUCACUACAACAGCUACGCCUUACGGAUGGGUUUCUCUGUCAAAAUGAACACCUCUAGGCGGACAGGCAAUGUAUUGGUAAAACAGCAGUUUUGAUGCAACAAGUAUAAGAAGCCAAAAGCUGAGGUUGGUUCUCAGCCAAUGGAACCCUAUGUUGGCAUGAGGUUUGACACCCUUCAAAUUGCUAAGGAUCACUACAACAGCUACGCCUUACGGAUGGGUUUCUCUGUCAAAAUGAACACCUCUAGGCGGACAGGCAAUGUAUUGGUAAAACAGCAGUUUUGAUGCAACAAGUAUAAGAAGCCAAAAGCUGAGGUUGGUUCUCAGCCAAUGGAACCCUAUGUUGGCAUGAGGUUUGACACCCUUCAAAUUGCUAAGGAUCACUACAACAGCUACGCCUUACGGAUGGGUUUCUCUGUCAAAAUGAACACCUCUAGGCGGACAGGCAAUGUAUUGGUAAAACAGCAGUUUUGCUGCAACAAGUAUAAGAAGCCAAAAGCUGAUGAUGGUGGAGCUGAGGCUCCUCCUAUCCUGGACCCUAUACCAGAUCCAAGACCUGUUGACACUGAUGAGGAAAUGGAAGAUGAACCUCCAAUCUUUGCUGAAGAGGAGGCUGGUGCAAGUAAGAAAAAGAAGAAACGAAAACGCGAGACAAUAAAGCAGACUCAAUGCAAAGCGAAAAUGUUGGUGAAGCUAAUGGAUGGGCGAUGGGAGGUGACGCAUUUUGUUCGUGACCACAAUCAUCCGCUGGUGAACAAACCUUCAUUGUCCAAAUACUUGAGAUCCCACCAAGGCAUCUCUCCUGAUGAAAAGGAGUUUUUGCGCAUCUUGUAUAACUGCAACUUGACUACAGGACGUAUGAUGCAUGUAAUGGCAGAGUUCUAUGGAUCUGAGAUGAUGGUGCCAUUCGGACCAAAGGCAAUAACAAAUCUUUGUACAAGUUUCCGUAGAGAUGACACAAAGGAGGGUGAUCUGAUUGAGACAAUUGCGCACUUCAAGGAUAUACAAAAAACCGAUCCAUACUUCUUCUAUAAGGUGAAAUAUGAUGAAGAGGACAGAGUUGUCAACAUAUUUUGGGUGGAUGGCUUAGCUCGAAAAGCUUAUGCGGAGGCGUACCACGAUUGCAUAUCGUUUGACACCACCUACAUGACCAACAUGUACAAUAUGCCGUUCGCGCCCUUCAUAGGAAUAAACCGACAUGGCCAAUCUUUCAUGCUGGGUUGCGCGUUUGUGAGGCAGGAGUUGGGGCAUCAAGCUUUGAUUGGGUCUUUGGAGCAUUCCUAG